AUGGCCAAUACGAAUUGCUCCAGAAGCUACCACGAAGCUAUACAUACAUUACGGAAAAGCUUGGACGUGAAUGGUGGCGGCGUGCGGUUUGAUAUGAUUCCCACGGUUAUGUGUCUUACUCUAGCGGAACUUAUGAUUCCGGACUCGACUACCGCUAUGGCGGAGCAUAUCAAGGCUGUAGGAUUAUUAUUCCAAGUCUAUGGUCCGGGUGCAUGUCAAGAUGGAUUCCUGCAUAAACUCUUUGUUGGGUUUCGACCUCUGUUGACAUUUCAAGCCAUCCUGCAUCGCCGCCCAAUCUUCCUUUCCUCUCCAGCUUGGAUUGAGACACCAUUUUCUACUUUCGACCCAUCCGUCAUGCAGCAGCUCCUCAAUGAGGCUGUCGUGCUCCCCUCGCUCCUACACCAGGCCGAUUCACUACACCAAAAUCCUGACCUGAAAAUCGAGUUUUCCUGUAUCGACAAAACUCUUCAAUCUUUUCUAGAAUUAACUUCUCGCCUAGAGAACUGGGAAAUAAUGCUUUACGUCGACGGUUCUCCACCGUAUUGGCCUUACAGAAGUGCCAAAGACACCGUUAUACCCCUUCCUCUUUGGUAUCCGAACAUCACUAUGGCCAAUGUCUUCACCAACCUAUGGGCUCUCCAAAUCGUGUGCAUGACUGAAAUCAAGCGCUUUGAAACUCGUAUCUCCCAGAACUCGAAAUCCGAUCAGGGACUUGGUGAAAUUGAUACGCUUAUAUUGGCGCUUGCGAGACAAAUUUACUCGAGCAUGGACUAUCUGUUACAGGAUGAGAUGGAACUCUUUGGGCCGGCAUCUGCUUUUUUCCCGCUCAGAGUGGCAUUUCAGACGUUCGAGGUGGAUCAGUCGGGUUAUAAAGAGGAUAUUGCAUGUAUCGAAACAAUUGUGAAACGUCUCCAUCGAAAGGGCCUGCUUUCUGCGCGGGCUUUUGUGUUUGAUGAGUGA